GACAGCGAUAUUAUUAAUAUUAUUAGUAUUACACACAGAGGAUGCUUCAGAGUGUGUGUGGAACUGGGAAUUUUGUCAAGGUGGAAGGAAUUAUGAAUAAGCAAAAACAGAAAACCUCAAGCAGUCACCAGUAAACCUGGGUCUUCCAGUAAAACAUAUGUUCUCCUGGUGAAGAACAACCUCCAGAAGACUAAAGUGAACGUUACUGACUGGCUUGUAAAAAGCUCGGACUUGAACGCUAACGAAAAUCUGUGGGGUGAACUGAAGACAAGGGUCCAUAGCAGAAGAUCAUUAAAUCUGCAGGAGCUUAAGAGAUUCUCUAAGGAAAAAAAAUGGGCUGUGAGACUUACACACAGGACACAACUGACUAUUAGCAUCAGUGAGACUAGUAAUUUGAAUCCUGGUUUAUGUCAAUAGUUUUAUUUCUUUGUGCAAAUUAAAAUAAUGUAAGCAACCAAAAUGAAACUAGGACGUUUCCCAUGUGCUGUGUUGCAAUUUCCUUGCUUUGUUUAACAGCCCUUGGGAAAUGCUGAAAAAUAAUAAUAAAAUUUCCACAGGGGGGCAAAAAAAGUCUGUCCUCAUCCACAUACUCUGAUCCAAAGAGUGAAUGUUUAAAAGAUGCUUUUUUGUUAAAGACUCCAUGACUGAAUUUCCUCUAAAGGCUUUGGAGACAUGACAUGUCGCCCGGUUAACGUUUUACUGUUAACAUGUCAGUGCUCGGUUUGACUCUGAACUGUAAAUAUUUGUGGUUAGAGAUUUGAAACUUGAGCACCAAUCAGGAUCUAGUUGUGCCUCCCUGGUCCUGAGUCCCACUUAGAUACCGCCAACAUACAACUGUGAAUGGUCAGCGUGUCACAGCCUGCAGAGACCUCACGACGACAUAACAGAGCUGAAAACUUUUAGUUCUUCAGGUAAUGAAGCAUUCUGUGUGUGUACAUUUGUUUAUGUAGCACAUAACUACAAGCUUGCAUUGCAGUAACUGCAGUCUCAGUCACUUGCUGAUCACAGUCCUUGCUUAUGUUUGCUUUACACUUUAUUUCCUCUAAUUUUAGACUGAAACAUAUUUUCUGUGGUUUCUACCCUUGUGCAGUCAGGACUAACGAUGGCUGUGAAGCUGUCCCAUCUCUUCUUGCUGCUGGUUAUGCCGAGUCUCAGCUUGACCAGUGGACAUAAAUGCUCCACAUCUGACUCCAGCUGCAAUCAGUGCAUCCAAUCUGGCCCUGAGUGCGCUUGGUGCACUGCCCCCAACUCUAACAUUCACUGUCAUACUGUGAAGGGGCUGCAGAGAGCUGGCUGUCAUAAAGGUCAUAUAUAUAAACCUCAAAGCAGUGUGCAGGUCAUCAGGAAUGACAGCAGAACAGACAUAGCAGAUGCCAAAACCAUCUUCCUGCAGCCCCAGGACCUCGCCAUCCAUUUGAGGCCAGGUGUGAGCCAGUCCUUUCCUCUGUCAAUCUCUAUGCCAAAUGAUCAUCCUACCACAGACCUGACUCUAGACACCAGCAACGUGCCAGCUGGUCUCAACAUCACAUUCAGUAGCAUAACUACAGGAAACCCCUUACUCGUGCAGGUAACUGUGGAAGCUGCACAAUGUCCCAGUGAGAGUGACAUCUCAAACCAGAACAGCACUGGACCCUGGUCUGUCCAGAUCACACCCAGAGGCUUUGCAAAGAGUGUGACGUUGGAGGUAACUUUGCAGUGUCAGUGUAGUUGCACUGAAAACAGAGAGGAAAACAGUCCCACCUGCAGCAGCCACGGGGCGCUCGUGUGUGGGCGUUGUGUGUGCUAUCAGCCUUAUGUUGGAAACCUUUGUCAGAUUGACAUAACUUCCUUUGAGUCAGAAAAUGAAGACUCCUGUCGCUUACGCCCUGGCGCCCCGGUGUGCAGCGGCCGGGGUGUGUGUGUGUCGGGCAUGUGUCACUGCAACCAGCGGGAAAAUCCAGAAAAGAUACGCGGACAAUUCUGUGAGUGCACAAACUUUGACUGUCCAUACCACGAGAACAGAAUAUGCGGAGGCAAUGGGAUAUGCGAGUGUGGAAUGUGCCGCUGUUAUGCGAACUGGACAGGUAGUGAGUGCAGCUGCAGCACGGAAACUGCUUCCUGUGUGGCAAAAAACCAGCAGCUGUGCAACGGUAGGGGGAACUGCAUCUGUGGAAAGUGCCAGUGUUUGCCACAGUACCAAGGGCCGACCUGUGAGGACUGCCCUGUUUGUGUAGCACAUUAGAGAUGGGAGCAAAGAUGAACACGUGAGACUGGAUAUUUAUUUACUUCUUAUACCGUACGAUGUUUUGCAGACACUAUCAUUACUACAAGAAAAUGAAGAUAUAGAAACACACCAUCAUCUGAACACUUUAUAGACAAGAGAAGCAAGACUGCUUUAACACCGUAUCCUCUAUUUGUCUUCCACAAACUCUUCACAAAGCCAACAUUGUGAAACUUUAACUUUAGUUAAAACUGUUUGAUAGACUUUCUGUAUCACUGCUGGUUAUGAUGAAUGAGCAGAGUGUGCAUCUCCUCUGAGUAUAGUUCUUGAACUGACUGUGCCUUCUCAUUCGUCAUCAGGUGUGACAGAAAGUGUGGCUACCUCAUCGUGACAACGGUGGAGAUAAAAUACGAUGUGCUGAGAGAACAGAAUUCAUUCAUUCUGUAAAAUGAUGAACCAUGAUGGUUCCAGAGGAUGAUAGAUUGUAGGUCGGACUAACAUAUAUAUGAUAACAAGAUUUUUACUUUUCAAAAACAUGAUAAAGAUCAUCUUAUUUUGAUUGAAAGCAACAUCUGAAAAAUUAAACUCCAGUUUUUCGGCUCAGGUGCGGCUCAUGCUACGCCUCCUGUGGUGUAAGUGGAGCGUGGCAGACAAAGGAAAAAGAAAUAAA